AUGUCUCGGAAAGUUACCCCAUCCUACCUCCGAAAUAUCCGAAAUCUCUCCAAGGGGGAGACGAUGGAGUUUUUCCGCCAAUACAUCAACCCGAGUCUCAAGUCAAUCGAGGACCUCUGUACUGGGGUUGAUUUCUGUUUGGCUAUGAACCAACUGUUUCCAAAUUCAUAUGAUGUCCAAAAACUGAAACGAGGCGAUAAUCUGAGCGAGCGAGAUAAACGGAGCAACUUCCAUUUGCUAAAAGAGGCAUUCAAGGCAUCUGGAAUCAAGAAGAAUUUUCCAGCUGAAGACAUGAUGCAAAGAAAUUUCCAAUCCAACUUCUAUUUUGCCCAGUGGUUUGUGCGUUUUUUCGACGCUCACCGACCCCGAAACGAGGAAGAAUCUACCGACGAGGUCAUCUGCGACAGCCCGAAAACGGAAACGCUUUACACGGGGCAGAGCAGCGUACACGGGGGAGCUCGACUCAUAUCGCAGAUCGCAAACGCCAAAACACCGGAAGGGACAAAAAGAAACGACACCAUCCUCUCUCAGCUCGGGAACGGGUUCGGGUCCGCUUACAAACCCCGGCCGCUAUCUGCUGUGAAAAGCUCCGGUUAUGGCAAGUUAAGUUGCCGACCUUUGAAGAUACCCCGGAGGCCCACAGCGGAGUAUAGGGAGAACUCAUCCCAAACAGACGAAAUUCCAUUUAUCGAUGCCAAAAUCGAAUGCAUGAAUCAAGUUCGGGAAGAAAUGGAACAGUUACGGUUAGAACUGUCGAAGGCCGUCCGUACACUCCAGGAAGAAAACCAGAAACUUCUAGACAGUCUGGAUCAUUCCAAUUUGAAAAAGUCAUAUUUUUAUAAAAAGCUUGAUCAGAUCGAGAAUUUAUGUCUCGAUUGCCCACCGGAGUCAUUGAGGGCAUCUCUAAAGAAGAUUUUAUACGAGGAAGGUCUUCCAAUGUAA